AUGGCUGUCUGCGUCGGGAUGCUGCGCCUCGGGAGGCUGUGCGCGGGGGGCCCGGGGGUGCUGGGAGCCCGCGCCGUCCUCGUCCGAGGCUGGCGGGAAGCGAUCUCGCAGGGCGUUCGACAGCUCAGUACAGAAGACACAUCUCUCACUGUUCCCUUGCCCGUCGGAGGCCUCAGCUUUGUUCAGGGUCACACCGGAAUGCGUCUUAGCCACAAGACCGUGGGGCAAUGCCUGGACUCCACAACCCAGAGGUUUCCAGACCGAGAAGCCUUGGUUGUCAUGCAGGAAAACCUCAGGUUAACCUUUGCCCAGCUCAAGGAGGAGGUGGACAAAACUGCUUCGGGACUCCUAAGCAUUGGCCUCUGCAAGGGCGACCGGCUGGGCAUGUGGGGCCCUAACUCAUACGCAUGGGUGCUCAUCCAGCUGGCCACUGCCCAGGCGGGCAUCAUUCUGGUGUCUGUGAACCCUGCCUACCAGGCAAUGGAGCUGGAGUAUGCCCUCAGGAAGGUGGGCUGUAAAGCCCUCGUGUUCCCCAAGCAGUUCAAGACCCAGAAUUACUACAACAUUCUGAAGCAGAUCUGUCCAGAAGUGGAGAAGGCCCAGCCAGGGGCCUUGAAGAGUCAGAGGAUCCCCGACCUAACCACACUUAUCUCCGUGGAUGAGCCGCUGCCCGGCAUGUUGCUCCUGAAAGACGUGAUAGAAGCAGGCGGCUCAGAGCAGCACAUGGCCCGGCUCCGUUUUGCCCAGCAGUUCCUGUCCUGCCAUGACCCCAUCAACAUCCAGUUCACCUCGGGCACCACAGGCAGCCCCAAGGGGGCCACCCUCUCCCACUACAACAUUGUCAACAAUUCCAGCAUAAUCGGGAGGCGCCUAAACAUGCACCAGAAGAGGCCAGAUGAGAUGCGGCUGGUCCUUCCCAGCCCCCUGUACCACUGCCUGGGCUCCGUGGGGGGCACGAUGGUGAGCAUGGUGCACGGUGCCACCCUCAUCCUGUCCUCUCCGACCUUUGAUGGCAAGAAGGCUCUGGAGACUGUCAGCAAAGAGAGAGGCACCUUCCUGUAUGGAACCCCUACCAUGUUCGUGGACAUCCUAAACCAGCCCAACUUCUCCAGCUAUGACAUUUCAGCCAUGAGCGGAGGUGUGAUUGCUGGGUCCCCUGCACCCCCCGAGCUGAUCCGAGCCAUCAUUAACAAGCUGCACCUGAAGGAGCUGACGGUUGCUUAUGGGACCACCGAGAACAGCCCUGUGACCUUCAUGCACUUCCCUGAUGACCCUGAGGAACAGAAGGCAGAAAGUGUGGGCAGAGUCAUGCCUCACACGGAGGCCCAGAUUGUGAACACAGAGUCCAAGGCGCUUGUGGAGCUGAACACACCUGGGGAGCUGUGGAUCCGAGGGUACUGCGUCAUGCUGGGCUACUGGGGUGACCCCCAGAAGACCGAGGAGGCGAUCGGACAAGAUAGGUGGUACCGGACAGGAGACAUCGCCGUGAUGGACAAAGACGGCUUCUGCAAGAUUGUGGGCCGCUCCAAGGACAUGAUCAUCCGCGGAGGGGAGAACAUCUAUCCCGCGGAGCUUGAGGACUUCUUUCACAAACACCCACAGGUGCAGGAGGUGCAGGUGGUGGGUGUGAAGGACCAGAGGAUGGGGGAGGAAAUUUGUGCCUGCAUCCGGCUGAAGACUGGGGAGAAUGCCACCGCUGAGGAGAUCAAAGCUUUCUGCAAAGGGAAGAUCUCCCACUUCAAGAUUCCCCGCUACAUCGUGUUUGUCAACAAGUACCCCCUCACCAUCUCAGGAAAGAUCCAGAAAUUCAAACUUCGAGAGGAGAUGGAAAGGCAUCUAAAGCUGUGA